GAUAAUACAGGAACAUUUGAAGCAACUAUGAAAAAAAUUUUGGGAAGGUCCCAUCGACAUGCGCAUGCCUGAGAAUUAAACUAUCGCUUUACAGAAGGAUUUAAAACGUCGUUUUUAACUAAUGACCUUGCGGCAGUAAACACCAGUCAGUACGUCAGUAUUUUCUCAAAAAAUAUGUAAAUCCAGAUCCGAUUAAAGCUUCAGGCAAAAAAGAGUUCAGUGUGUGAAUAUGGAGAUUAGGAGGUGGAAUUCUUUCUAACCAAAAUGAACCACUUUACCCAAGAUUGUAAAAAACGAUAUUUGACCAAUUUAACAGCUUUGCGAGUAACCUAAUUGUGCAGAGAUUUUUUCGCGAAGUGAUAAUAUUUGGCCCUUUUUUAUUAUUAUUAGUAUUAUUAUGAGUUUUAAUGGCUAUAAAGAUAAAAUAGAAGAAGGUGAUCGAGUAAUAUUGUAUCUAACGAUUUCCAAUGUGUAUAGUAUCCAGGCUGUAGCCAAAACUCUUAAUAAAAAAGGCGUUGAAGUGGAUAACGUUUUUCAAACUCCCUAUGGAGCAAUCAAAUGUAUAGAUCUAAUUGGAAAGUGUUAUGGUUCUAAAAUUUCACUUAGUAAGGGCUGGGGUUAUGUACUGCAGCCCACUCCCGAGUUGUGGACCCUUACUCUUCCACAUCGUACUCAAAUCAUUUAUACACCAGACAUUAGCAUGAUAAUUUUACAACUUGAAAUUUUUCCAGGCAGUGUUGUAAUUGAAAGUGGAACUGGUAGCGGAUCUCUUUCACAUGCUCUAAUUAGAGCAAUUAAACCCACAGGACACUUAUACACUUUUGAUUUUCAUGAAGUGAGAACUCAAACUGUUUUGCAGGAAUUUAAAGAUCAUGGACUGAGUGAUUAUGUUUCUGUCAUCAAACAAGAUGUGUGUAUGGUUGGUUUUGGCGAAGAGUUAAAUGGAAAAGCAGACGCCAUAUUUUUGGACUUGCCUCUGCCUUGGAAGGCAAUAUCACAUUCUGUGAAAGUAUUAAAAAAACCAGGAGGUAGGAUUUGUUCAUUUUCACCAUGCAUUGAACAAGUUCAGAAAACUUGUACCGAACUCUCAGAAUGGGGCUUUCAAGAAAUUGAGACCAUGGAAGUUCUUCAAACACAAUACAGUGUUCAAACAAAGAAUUUGCCUGUUAUGAAUCUUGAUUUUUUGAAAACUAAAAGAAACAAUGACAACCCUGAUGAAAAGAGGGAGAGGGAAAAUAAAAGCAUGCUAACUUGUAUAGCGCCUUCUCAAAUGCCUGGUCAUACAGGAUAUUUAACAUUUGCCACAUUGUACCCCACUUAAAUAUAUAAAUAAUGUACAUGUUCUUUUGUAUU